AUGCACGGCGUCGAUAAAGACGGCCACCCAGUCUGCUACAACGCAUACGGCGAGUAUCAAAACAAGGAAUUAUACCAAGCAACCUUCUCCGACGAAGAGAAGCGCACGAAUUUCCUUCGAUGGAGAAUCCAGUUCCUGGAAAAGAGUAUCAGAAAGAUCGAUUUCAGCCCCGAUGGGAUCUCCACCAUCGUUCGAAUCAUCGAUCUCAAAUUUUCCCCCUCCCCAUUCAAGAAAGAACUCCGUCAAGUUCUUCAGUUGCUCCAGGACAAUUACCCAGAAUUCGUCGCCAAACAGUCUGCGGGGAGGACGUUCAAAGAUGGGGCUUUUAGGGCUCCAAACGGUGGGGAGAGUUCAUCGGCCAGGAAGGCUCCUGCUGUGGAGAAUUUGUUGCCUUGUAGCUUGGAGGAUCUUUAUAAAGGCGCUAAGAAGAAGAUGAAGAUCUCUAGGACUGUAGCCAAUUCUGCAAGUUUAUCGAGUAAUGAGUAUUAA